AUGCAGGAUAGGAUGCAGGAGAGGGUGCAGGAAAGACUGCAGGGGAGACAGCAGGAGAGGCUGAAGGAGAGGCUGCAGGAGAGGCUGCAGGAGAGGCUGCAGGAGAGACUGCAGGAGAGGCUGCAGGAGAGGCUGCAGGAGAGGCUGAAGGAGAGGAUGAUGCAGGAGAUGCAGAUGCAGGAGAGGGUGCAGGAAAGACUGCAGGGGAGACAGCAGGAGAGGCUGAAGGAGAGGCUGCAGGAGAGGCUGCAGGAGAGGCUGCAGGAGAGACUGCAGGAGAGGCUGCAGGAGAGGCUGCAGGAGAGGCUGCAGGAGAGGCUGCAGGAUAGGAUGCAGGAGAGGCUGCAGGAGAGGCUGCAGGAAAGACUGCAGGGGAGGCAGCAGGAGAGGCUGAAGGAGAGGCUGCAGGAGAAGCUGCAGGAGAGGCUGCAGGGGAGGCUGAAGGAGAGGCUGCAGGAGAGGCUGCAGGAGAGGCUGCAGGACAGGCUGCAGGAGAGGCUGCAGGAAAGACUGCAGGGGAGACAGCAGGAGAGGCUGAAGGAGAGGCUGCAGGAGAGGCUGCAGGAGAGGCUGCAGGAGAGACUGCAGGAGAGGCUGCAGGAGAGGCUGCAGGAGAGGCUGAAGGAGAGGAUGAUGCAGGAGAUGCAGUAA